UCCUUGCGGUACUAAAGACAAACAAGACAAGAUGGCCGAUGCAUACGAAGCUGUUCGAGGUUCACUCAAGUUAAAAGGAGUUGCCGAUGGCGGCGUGAAAAAGAAAAAGAAGAAAAAUAAGAACAAAGCCAAACAGCUUGUUGAGACUGCCAGAAACACUGAGAAAGAAGAGCAGAAAAGUGGGGAUGAAGAAGGGACACCUGUAGACGACCGUACCCCAGCACAGAAGGCUUAUGACAGACUUCAAGAAAAAAGAGCUGCUGAAAGGAUUCUAAAGAAAGCAGAGAAAACACACAAACAAAGAGUAGAGAAAUUUAAUGAAUAUUUGGAUGAGCUAACAGAACAUUAUGACAUCCCUAAAGUCAGUUGGACGAAGUAGCAUCUCAGAGCAUUAAAAAGAUGCACUCAUAAGGCUGCCAUUUCCUUAUUGAUAUGGUUAUGUAUAUAUUAAGACUCACUACAAACAGCCUAAAGAAACCAUGUUUAGCCAGUCAAUUCAGUCAGACAGCAGGUCUGUAGGCUGGGGGUGAUAAUUAUACAAAUGAGAAAGAUUCCCAAAAACGUUCUUAUGACAACUCAAGACAAGGCGAGUGUAACUUAAGAAUAUCCUUCGCAACUAAGUGGAACCCCCAUCCCAAAUCCACCCUACAGGUAUAGUUCUCUGUAUAGCUUUAUCUGCCUAAUGACCACUCUGUACAAGGUAGCAGCUUUUCUAUCCUAUAGGUACAUCAAAGACAUUCUGUGGCAACUCCACAGCUCUUGUAUUAUGUCUAGCUGCUUUGUAUGGCUAAGGGAUGACAGUUGUGUGGCAACAAGCUUGUUUCCACUUUGAUUUCCUCUAUUUUUCUAGCUUAUUAGUGUUGAGAUUCUUAAAAAAACAUUUUUAAACAGCUAGAAAUCAUGGCAGAUGUUGAAAUAAGUACAAGGCAAAACAACAUUAUGUAACUACUUUUAUGCAACCUGUAUCAUAUUUUUGCCUGCAAUAAAAAGUAUUGACAAAAA